GGCGAAUAGCGGGCAAAUGGGGGGCUGAGCAGCUGCGGCAGCUCCGCGGCAGCGCAGCGGCGGCGUCCGGGCACGCAGGGUCGGUGCGGACGGCGCCGGUGCGGGGUCUGCAGGGGGGGAUCGGUGCAGGCGGGCUCGGCGGCGGUUCGAGGCGCCCCCCGCGCCGGCACCAUGCAGACCUUCCUCAAGGGGAAGCGCGUGGGGUACUGGCUCAGCGAGAAGAAGAUCAGGAAGCUGAAUUUCCAGGCCUUCGCCGAGCUGUGCCGGAAAAGAGGAGUAGAAGUAGUACAGCUUGACCUGACCAAACCCAUUGAAGAUCAGGGCCCUUUGGAUGUGAUCAUACAUAAACUGACAGAUGUCAUCCUUGAAGCAGACCAGAAUGACAGCCAGUCACUGGAGUUGGUUCAGAGGUUCCAAGAGUAUAUUGAUGCUCAUCCAGAAACCAUUAUCUUGGACCCUCUUCCUGCUAUUCGUACACUUCUGGACCGAUCCAAGUCUUACGAGUUGAUUCGGCAAAUAGAGGCAUACAUGCAAGAUGAGAGGAUCUGUUCACCGCCCUUUAUGGAGCUGACAAGUGCCUGUGGAGAAGAUACCUUGCAGCUUAUAGAGAAGAACGGACUGGCAUUCCCAUUCAUUUGUAAAACCAGAGUGGCCCAUGGAACGAACUCUCAUGAGAUGGCGAUCAUCUUCAACCAGGAGGGCCUGAAAGCUGUUCGUCCCCCUUGUGUCAUUCAGAGCUUCAUAAAUCACAAUGCUGUGCUGUAUAAAGUCUUUGUGGUCGGGGAAUCCUACACGGUGGUGAAAAGACCAUCUUUAAAGAACUUCUCUGCAGGAAUUUCAGAUAGAGAAUCAAUAUUUUUCAACAGCCACAAUGUUUCAAAACCAGAAUCCUCAUCUGUCUUAACAGCACUGGACAAAAUUGAAGGGGUAUUUGAGCGGCCAAAUGACGACGUCAUCCGGGAAAUCUCUAAGGCACUUCGGCAAGCUCUGGGAGUUUCCCUGUUUGGAAUUGAUAUCAUCAUUAACAACCAGACUGGGCAGCAUGCGGUCAUUGAUAUAAAUGCAUUCCCAGGUUAUGAGGGUGUUUCCGAAUUUUUCAAUGAUCUCCUGAACCACAUAGCUACUGUCCUGCAGGGUCAGGCACCUGAGGUGACCCAGCUAAACUGCAGCAAGCUCCUGGCAGAGCAGACCAGUGGGAUCAUGGACGAGCGGGUAUGCUGUGCUAGCACAGGCUGUCUCAACGUCAUGGGAAAAGACUCCUCCUGGAUUGUGGAAAGUGAGACCAACAGCUCCGUAAAACUGCAACACCAGAGACUAGGCUGCAACUCAGCAGUGUCCCCCAGCUUCCAGCAGCACUGCGUUGCUACCUUGGCAACAAAAGCUUCUUCUCAAUAACUUGCCAAUGCCAUGGACUGAGAAAAAGCCACAGGGAUACAAAUUAUGGUCCCGGAAACAGAUCAGGCUGUAAUAAUACAAUUGCAAAAAAUGAAAAAAAAAAAAAAAAAAAAAGCAACACAAAACACAACACAUAAAAAGAAAAAAACAACUUCCAUUUGAUUUAACCUGAUUUGCUGAUGAAAUGGACUGAAAGGUGGAGGACCAGAAAGUGAUUCAGAUCCAUUUUGUCAGAUUCCAGUUGCAAAUCUGUAGUGAGUUUACACACACACACGUGGGUUUUAACACUAGUCCUUUCGUUGUGGGAGGGUUGCUUUUUCAUUUCUAUUGUUCUUUGUAAUCACUGGUGACCAGCAUUUUAAACUCGGACCUCAUGGUAUUAAGAAGAUAAUAAUGUUGAAAUGCAGUGUCUGAAUGUAACAGUGCUAGAGAUUUUUGCCUAAAAUAUUCCCCGUUCCCUUUUUCCAGGUAGGCCAUUGCAAAAGAAAGCUAAGACAACUUCAUUAUCACUAAACCAAAUCUCUUGAAGCAUUGACUAGUCAAUAUGUUGACAGGUAGCUUGCUGUGAAGCCAUAGUACUUGGAGCAGGACAGAGCAGAUGGUUUGUUCAAGGUGUGGAACUGAGGUGGACACCCUGGUUCUAGCUUUGCAGUUCUUUCCCCAGGCCUCAUUGCUUCAGUCAAAAGCAGCUUCUAUCCGCACCUGCCAACAGGGAUGUAUGUUUGAUCUGGACAGAGUGCCAAUAGUUAGACUAAGUGAUUUAGUAGAUUAAAUAUCAUCCUUUCAAUCAUGUGCUAGUGGUGUAAUCCCAGAAGAAUUAAUGGGAGGAGCUCAUGUCUUAGCAGAGAAUUUAAUUCUCCCUCCAUUGCACUUGUAAAGACUCUGGGACAACUCUGCAAAAAGGCUGGCAAACAGAGAUACACAUUUUCCUUGGAGAAGUGCACUUGAUCUGCGGAUCGUAAGGGGUAACACAGUCGCUGCCUUUCAGAGAUCCAUGCUGAUCCGUGCAUUUUGUUUUUCAAAUUAUAUAUAAGCAGAAUUUUAUACUUUCAAGUAUAGAGCUAGAAGUAUGCGACAGCCCUAGUUAGAGACCACAUUAUUUUGUUGCACGCUGCCAGAUGAGGCCAUGUGGUGAUUUACAAUAGUGCUUUUUACUAUUUGUGAACUACAGCAUAGCCAAAUUGUAUCUGUUGAGAUACACAGUAAAACUACAGCAUUCACCCUUUGUUACAUCUUCUGGUAUGGCAGCAUCUUGUGCUGUUGAGAAUUCCUGCAAUGUUUGCCAAUUCUGAACACUAAACUGGAACUAUCCAAGUCUGUUAGCACUGAGAGCAGAGACACUAUUUUGUUAGAGUGGCCUUUUCUUCCCCAUUUAAGCCCUAAAAUACGUUUAAGAUGGGUCGUGUUAAGAAAAUUUCCUUAAUUAAACUCCUAGCUUGCAGAUACGGGAAUUUCUGUCUGUAACAGGUAUUUGUAAAGCAUCCAUCACUGCAGCUUCUAAUACUAGUUUGUUUAGUAUCAUGUGUUAAAUAUCUACUCAAAAGGAAAGACUUAAAGCCCAGAUAGACCAUGGAGAGAGAAGUAAACUGCAUGAAAGGUGUCACUAUCGUACCUGAUGGUACCAGUCCUGGAGGGGAAGAAGUUUCGAGGAGCGUUGUGUAGCAGGUCUUCUGUGUAAACAGUGGGUUUUUUUCCUUAGAGGAAAUUGCAUUUGUUCCCUAAGUGCCAUUUUUGGGAAUUUUCCAUAGCCAGGGUUGGAUUUUUGAGUGAUCUGGGAAGAGAUGAUUAUUCCAGCUUUACAGGGGUUAUGGGUGUGGUAUCUGUCAAAUUCCAGGGUGAAUAGAAAUGCAGUCAACUUCCUCAACUAUUGCAGGUCCGUUCAGAGCUGGGCACACUUCACAACCCUUGUAUACCUUGAGGCUGCUGGAUCCCGUGCAGGUCUCGAGUGGUCGUGGUGUGAGUGAGUUAGAUGUACAUAGCUAAGGCUUUAUAAAAGUAUUCAUGAUAGACCAAACCUUUCAUAAAACCAUGACUGAAAAAAAAAUGACAUCUGCAGUUUGGGGUUUGUUUUUCUUUGUUUAAAAUAAAAAGUAUUUUCAUGUUACAUGUGUAACAAAAGAUACCCUCAGGAAGGAACUUGCCAGUGCAUAUUUUUGUAUGGUACUUUCUUGUAACCGGCUGGUGGAGUGUUUGUAGACUUGCUUUUUGCUCCUUUUAUUACAAUUGCUUGGAGGUGUUUUUUUUUGGUUUUUUGUUUUCUUUUUUUGAUUGGGUGGUGGGAAAGAAGCAAUUAUGUUAAAACUGGGUUAGUAACUCAAGACCUUUCAAACUAAGUAUGUUUACAUAAAUCUGAGUGUUGGAUCCAAUGGAAAUGUCUGUAUGCUGUUUCCUAGUUAGAACAUCAAACAAGAAUUUUAUUUUCCUGGCUGCCUUCUGAAUUUUGGUUGGCCUAUUUUGCACUGCUUUGUUUCUCCAAAAUAAACUACUGAAAUAUAAUUGUGCAUUUUAAACUUGUUUACAAAUGAUUGUUAGAAGUUUAUUUUGUAAUUCUCUGAAGGCUUGCAGAAAUACUAUAUUUAAAUAUUACUCCAGACCUUGGCAGUAACUAGAAAACAAGUUUAGGUCAUUGGUAUGAUCAGUGACAUUUUUCCCAUAGUCUGUAAUUUAUUUUUUAUUUAUCAAAUGUAUCGGUAUCACUUUAAUUUACCAGGUGCAGAUAUGCAGGUACCUGUUGUGAUGUGGCAUUACAAUAGAGUUUUCACAUAAAUUACCAUGCAAUUGCUGUAUUACUAUAUUUCCUUGCAGAAAUUAUUGUUAUGGCUCAUAUACUAGAAUGUUGCUAAAUCACAGGGGCGAAUUGAGAGACCAACUUUUAAAAGGCAAAACUGUAAAUUACCAAGUAUUUGGACAUACAAUUACAUUAUUGUAAAACAUUCGAGCAUGCCUAUGUUAUUAAGCCUGUGCUAAAGUGCUUUUCUGAAUUGCUGCCUCAUUUGAUAAGUUAAGGAUAGUUUUGAUUUAAGAUAAGCUUCGCAGUAAGUUAAUAUUCUGUAGUCUUGUAGAGGAGUCUAGUAAUAUUAGACCACACCGGAAUACCCUUGCUCUUAAAAUUGCUGACAAUCUGAGGGAGAUUUUCCAUAAUGUCUUUUAGAAUUCUGUUAUUGCGGGUUGGUAAAGGCUCUGCUGUGUUUUCAGAGGCAUAGCUAUUAUUGCUGUGUUGAUGGGAGCAAUUAUAUUGCAAUUACAUGGUCACCAGUUAGCUACAUAGGGAUCUAAUUCUGUUCUGCUUCACUGUUAGAAAUCCACAAGAACACCAUUAGCUUGACUGGAAUUCCUCCAGGUUUUGUGUCAGUGUGAUGGAGGAGAUGGGACUCUGGUUUCCACUGUAAUUAUGUAGUUGGCUUCAGUAGGUGAAGGUUUUUCUGUGUUGAAGAGAACGUGAGUGGUAUUAAUUACCACCUGCAAUGUAAAGCCAUCAUCAUUCUCCUCCCCCUCUAGCUGCCUUUGCCGCGUUAUGCUUGGGUUUGUAAUGACUGUUCCAGAACAUCCCAUCGAUAUAUGAAACCCAGCUGCAGAAAUGCAGCCUAGCUAAAGGACCAUUGGUGCUGACACCUGUGGUUUGUGUAAUGCAGAACUGCUGGUGGGCCAGUGAUUUUUACCUUUGGUUAACCACAUGACUGGCUAUUCAACUUCCGUGCUGAAGGAGCCAAUUGAGCAAGCUGGUCAGUAGACAGAAUACACUGUUUUUAUUAAUACUAGUCAGACUGUUGGAAUGGUAAAGCUGCUGUCCUGAACAUGUGAGUGUUAGUGCAGAGGAUGUCUGCAGCAGGUUGCUCAGAUGGAAAAACAGCUAUUUAUUUUCAUUAUAGAUAGGUACAAAUUAAGAACCUGACCCUAAAACUUCCCAAGGUAAUGGAGAUUGCUCAAGGUAAAGCCUCAACUUCUUCAGAUUAACUGUGUCCAGCCAGGGAGGAGCCAGGUGGAAUAUUGAGGAGAUAAAAGAGGCAGGAUGCAGUCCAAAGGCAACAGAAUAAAUGGGGCCAGAGGUGUUCGAAUUGCCUGGCAAAAAAAAGAGAGAAACAA